AUGCUUACACAUUCCAAUGAGGUGAGCAAAGAGUCGUUGUUGCUCCACUCAUUGAGCUCAGAUGACUACAUUGAAAACAUUGGACCAAUCAUUCGAACAGCCAUAAAGAAUAACGGACUGGAUAACCUCAUCGAAACCCUACAGGAGACAGUUUGUGAUAAAGAGCAACAAUUGCAGGAAGUCUCGGUCAAAGGUUCGUCAGAUAUAAAAUUGGCCGUGGGAAGCAUCAUAGAAGUGAAGAAGAUAUCUGAUGACCUUAGAUACAAAGUUUUGGAGAUAAACGACGAUCUAGAAUCUACGGGUAAGGUGCUUAAUGAGAAAAAUAAAGUCAGCAUAAAAUACAAAAAGUUGUACAAUAAGAUCAAUGAAACGAUAUUCGUACUGAAAUCCUGUCUACAGAUAUUAGAGCUCACCAAUAAGAUCAUUGAUUUGAUUGGAAAGAAAAGCUUUUAUCAUGCAUUGAAAAAUCUUCAAGAUUUGGUCAAUAUACAUUUGAACGAAAUCGAAACGUUUGAGUUUACCAAAAAGAUCAUCUCUUCGGUACCUACUUUGCACAAAAUGAUCAAAGAAGAUUCUUUUAGUUUCGUGAAGAAAUGGCUGGGUAAUCUGGAGAGACAUUUCCAUACAAUUGGCGAUGACUGUUUUCAACAACUGCAAGCUUUGAAUAGUUAUUGGGCGGAAACAAGAUCACAGAACCCUAUACUUGCACAAUACAGCAUUAACUCCCCCAUUGAGUUAUCGGUUCGGCCUGACAAAUUCAAAACUUUUGACCCCUUCUCGUUGAAUAAUAUUACUUUAGACAGCGUUUAUGACAGCAUGAUGGUUUAUGAUACCAUCAACGAGCUUGACGAAUUGAAAGAACAGUUCAAAAAAGAAUGGCUAAUAAAAAAGGAUCGAUUAGUUUAUCCGAUGUAUAAUUCAAACCCUUCCCAGGAGAUGUUUCUUGAUAGAAAUCAACUGAGGGAUUUCAUUUACAGUUUGAUAGGUCUGCUGGUUUGUGAUAGGCUCAUUGGGGUUAAGACCCAUUUCAAGCUCAGGUCAUCUAACGAAUCAAGAGAGAUGUUUGUUACUAUCUGUAAACGUCUGGUUCCAAUUUUAAAGAAGCAUGUGGAUGAGAAAAUAACCACUUUAGAUGACAUUAUUUUUUUCAAGAAGCUCAUUUGUUGUUCCAUUCAGAUCCUAGAACAAUGUGACUAUCCGAUCGAAAACCUUUAUAGCAUACUACUUUGCAUCUUGCAGAGAUACAUGAAGAUCAUCACCAACAAUUUUAAGAUUGAGUUAGUCAAGAACAUGAAUGCUGAUGACUCUAUGCCUCUGGUUGUUAAAGAUAUGGAGUCUUAUAAGUCAAUCUCGAUCAUAUCCUGGUACAGACACACGCCGUCAAAUAAUAGGUUUCCCAAACAGUUACCAUUCUCAUCAAUAUACCCAAUGACCUGCCUUCAAAUUCAAAAUCUUAUCAAAGAAGUGAACGAAUUCAUCGAUGACUUUUAUUCUUAUCAAGGAAGAGAAAUUCUGCGGAUCACAAUUGAGACGAUUGACUCUGUUUUGAAUAAUAUCGUUAUAAAGAACCUUCGUCAUAAAAUUGAGUCAACGAUUAAAGAAGUGAUCGCCCAGAAUUUGAUCAACUUGGAAUUUUUUUCAACAAGUGUGAGAGAGAUUGAGAACUUGCUAUCCUAUUCUUCUGAAUCCAGGUCGAUAGAUUCCAUUCAUUUGACUGCCUAUGAUAAUUUUCUAGCAACGAGGAAAUUGGCAGAGGACAAACUGUUUGAAAUGGUAGAUACAAAAGUGGAGGAUCUUUUGGACUUUGUCGACUACAAUUGGAGGACAAAAGAGCAAAAUCCAGAGCCCAACAUUUUCAUAAAAGAUAUUGGCCAGUUCCUACAAAUGAUGUUUACAUCAACUUUCUCCAAUUUGCCUCGAACCGUCAAGUCUCUAUUGCUUUUGCGUACUUUUGAUCUGUUAUCGAGCUAUUUCUUGGAUUUUCUGAAAAGAAGCAGUCUAUUCACCAAGGAGGCUAUCUACAAUUUCGACAUGGACAUCACGUAUAUCGAAUCAAUCAUUAAUGAACUCAAUGGGCAAAAUCAAAACCAACCUGCAGAUGAAGAUGAAGAAAAAUCCAUAGAAGAGCACAGUAUCCCAACCUCGGUAUCGUUACAAUCAACAUUCAUAGAAUUGAGGCAGCUGAUCAACUUGCUGAAAUCGGGAACUCUAGAUGAGUUCAGAGAGCAAUCAAUCAGAAUGAGAAAAUACGACAGGAUUAAACCGGAAGAUGCCAUCUCUGCAAUACAUAAACUGGAAAGGGAGCCAGAAAUUGGAGAAGAGGCAAACGAGUUGCAACAAAAUUCGGCAAUAGCCAGUAUCAGUGGAAGUGGCAGGUUUGCUCGUUUUGGAUACAAGUUCAAGAAGAGCACCGCUGGUUAG